AUGUUCCGUCAAAUCGCACUCGUGGCGGCUUUCAUCGGUCUCGCGAUUGCGAUUCCAGUAGAUAAUGGAGUUGAAGGUGAACCAGAAAUCGAAUGUGGUCCAACUUCAAUUACGGUCAAUUUCAAUACGAGAAAUCCUUUUGAGGGUCAUGUAUACGUCAAAGGUUUAUAUGAUCAACCAGGAUGUCGAAAUGAUGAAGGAGGGCGGCAAGUCGCCGGUAUUUCGUUACCUUUCGACUCAUGCAAUGUCGCUCGUACACGUUCACUAAACCCUCGAGGAAUCUUUGUAACAACAACUGUCGUUAUUUCAUUCCAUCCUUUAUUCCUCACCAAAGUCGAUCGCGCAUAUCGAGUUCAAUGCUUCUAUAUGGAAGCCGACAAGACUGUUAGCACCCAAAUCGAAGUAUCUGAGAUUACAACUGCCUUCCAAACACAGAUCGUCCCCAUGCCUAUUUGUAGAUAUGAGAUCCUUGAUGGUGGACCUACAGGACAGCCAAUUCAAUUCGCGACAAUUGGCCAACAAGUUUAUCAUAAAUGGACUUGCGAUUCUGAAACAGUUGAUACGUUCUGUGCUGUUGUCCACUCAUGUUUUGUCGAUGAUGGUAAUGGAGAUACUGUUGAGAUCCUGAACUCCGACGGUUGUGCCUUAGACAAGUUCCUUCUGAAUAAUCUUGAAUAUCCAACCGACCUUAUGGCUGGACAAGAGGCUCAUGUAUAUAAAUAUGCUGAUCGUUCGCAACUCUUCUAUCAGUGCCAGAUUAGUAUUGCUAUUAAAGAACCUAAUGCUGAAUGUGCUCGACCACAGUGCUCAGAACCGCAAGGAUUCGGUGCAACAAGAAGAGCUGGUGCUGGUGCUAAGCCAGCUCCUGCUGCUCAACUUCGUCUCCUCAAAAAACGUUCCGUUGAUUCUGAAAACACCAUGGAUGUGCGCACAGAUAUCAGUACUCUCGAUAUUAGCGAUAGCAAUCAAGCUCUCCCUGUUGACCUUCGCUAUCGAGCUCGCCUUAAUCAUGGACAACAAGUCGUACUAGCCACUGUCCAGGAUGGCAUAUGUAUGUCGCCAUUCGGUUUCUCGAUAUUCAUGGGAAUGGCAGUUGCACUUAUUGCUGCAGUUAUUGUCAUAAUUUCUCUCAAGACGCGCAAUCAAAAUAAAGCUUAA